CCUAGAUAUACAGACACGCUUAACGACGUAGUUUGAUUUUUCACUUCCUUGUCUAAGAGAAUCAUUUUCAAUGGCUUUUAUUUCGUUGUUUCUGAUAUUUUCUUCUAAACUGGUUUGUUUAGUAACAUCUUACGAAAAUAUUGCGUUGCAUAAAGUAGCAUGGCAACAGUAUCCAUACCCUAAUAGGUCAUGGGGAGCCGAACGUGCUGUGGACGGACGGUAUUCAGACUUGUCUGCUGUUGGACAACAGUGUACAAUAUCAGAAAACAAUCGAUCAGCGGCAGAAUGGCGGGUAGACUUGGGAGGAGUACUCAGCAUACACCACAUCUUUAUACAGUACAGGACGGAUAAUGUCGCCUGGAACGAAAAUAACGGAUACACCGGUAGAUUCUUAGGAUUUUCGGUAUACAUAUCGAACAAAACGGACAAGGAUGACGGGGUAUUAUGUUUCAAAGACACUUACUAUACCAGGGCUACGAUACCUGUUCGUGCAAACAUAAUGUGUAUCACACAUGGUAGAUACGUCAUCUACUACAACAACAGGACUCACCCUCCGUUUCCUCCUGGGUAUUCUUCCAACGCUUUCAACGAGCUUUGUGAAGUGGGAGUGUAUGGGUGUCCUGUAACGGGAUAUUACGGAGAUAACUGUACAAUACCGUGUCCACAGAACUGUCAGGAAGGUCACUGUGAUAUUGUGGAUGGAACGUGUUUAGGUUGCAUAGCAGGUUACAUAGGAUCACGAUGUAAUGAAGAGUGUGAUGGAGGCAAAUUUGGUCCCGACUGUAACAACAAAUGCGGGCAUUGCGUGCAGAAUGGAUAUUGUCAUCACAUUAACGGCUCCUGUAUGAAUGGAUGUGAUCCAGGGUAUCAUGGAACCCACUGUUCAAUGAAAUGUGAAACAGGAAAAUAUGGCAUUGAUUGUCAACAAAGAUGUAGUGCAUUUUGUCAUACGUCUUGGAUUUGUCAUCAUAUAACCGGAGCUUGUAGAGACGGUUGCAAAAGUGGAUGGAAAGGAGAACUGUGUUUGGAAGUUCAAGAUGAUGAACAGAAAUCUACAAUCCUAUAUGUUCUGACAGCAGCUCUCUCUGUCUCAGUUAUUAUCAAUAUCGCACAAUUAUUCUAUAUAAUCCUACAGAGCAAACACAGAAAAAGACAAAAGAAGAAAAAAACAUACGAACAAACCAAAAAUGAAAACGUGUUUACACAGGAUAUAAGUGGGUACGAUUCGGUGAUUAAUGGACCCGAGGACAACUACCAGGAAUUAGCCACAGUUACUGCUGAUCGAUGAACCACAACAAUGUUAAUAACAUUAACUUUGUCACUAAAAACUUAUAUAUUUUAUCAAAUCCUUUAUUUUUAACUCUGUGUAUAAAACGUUACAUUUUUGCGUGAAAGGGGUGGGGGUAAAAGUUGAGCUUUUUAAGUGAAUUCCAUUUUAUCUUCUAAAUGUUGUUCGCAUUUACAAUGUCAACCCACUGUCCUUGGUAAAACUUAAAAUUAGACAAUAUAUUGAUAAUAUAUCAUUAAUGUAUAAUAUAUUGUUUCCUGUAUACUCAGAUCAACAAGAUUCUUACUAAAUAAAAAAGCUUAUUGUGUAAAUAAAGUGUUUUAAAUAAUAAAGUAAAUAAGUUGCUGUCCAACUGAAACCUGUUUCACAGUCAAUUUAGAGAACAGAAUAUAACUGCAACAGAAUAUAACUAGAUUCUUAAAAAUCCUUUUGACUACACUUGUUUGCCGAUCUUUUGUAUUUUUGUUUUUAUUUUUGGGGUUUUUUUUGUAUUGCAUCAAAUAAGACACAAAAUAAAA